GAGUUCACUAUUUGAUGUCAAUGUUAUGAAAAAUUUCCACAUUUUUUUGCUUCGUGUAAAAGCGGACUUUAUUUCCAACUAAUACCGUUUUUUUUCAUAUUUUAUAUCCAAAGGUUGAUGUUUAUUAUUGUAUAGAAUGAACAUGGAAAUGAACACUCCAAUGAUUCAUUUAUAAAAAGAUGAGUAAACGUAAAUUUUUACGUGAAAUCGAAGUACAAAAUUUAUUUGCUAAUUAUCGACCAUGAUUACCUAUAUGAUGUGACUAUAACAUACUAAUUUUCAAUCAACAGAAAAAGCGGAAAUCUGUUAGGAAUUUAUUUUUCACUUUUCAUGAACAAAAGGUAACAGAAAACUCAAUGAAUUUCCAUUUCGCUGAACAAUUUUCCCAUCGAAAAUCGAAAAAUCCCAAUAGUUUAUUUCCUUUGCAAAAAAAAUUGAAACGUGAAGAACUGCACGCUGCACGUGGACAAAGCCAGGAUAAAAUGUGCCAGGUGUUUGUCCACAUUAGAACGAAUGAAUAAUCAAAGAGUCAUAUGAUGCCAGUGUAAGCUCUUAUCACAGCUUAAAGGCCAUCGAGUCGAUGUUUAAUAAAUCCCGGCGCGAUUAACGUACGUGUGUAGGUCGGACUCGACUCGCCGAUCAAAGAAAUCAUAUGCGUGCCCAUUUGAACCAAUGACGUCACAUUUGUUAUCAUUUAUUAGCGGUUGGGAAGAUCCACUCAAUUAGCGUCUGUCACACGGUGUGGCAAGGUAUCCUCCCGAAAAAGUGACAUGAUCACGUGUUAAAAAAAUAGUUAUCUGUGUUUUUGAAAGCACGUGAUUAAUGAGCAUACCUGGGUAUCAUGUGACUGAGCCAGUCAUCAAUAUUCGAGGACAGUCAAGUCAUCUGAUUUUUUUUUCCAAUAUUCUGGAGUAAUUACAGGUCUUGUGACUUGUUCGUUUAUUUCAAGGAGAUCGGAGGGGGUGGGGCAGCAUUUUUUGGUUUGGAUAUUUCUCCCUCGAAGCACCCUUACUGAAAAUACUUUGCUGAGUAAUGAAUCGGGCUAAUUUUUCCAUUACGUGGUGCAGAGGAGUAUUUUUUUUCCUCACAAAAAUAUUUAAAUCUGGAGCAUAAAGCGGAAAAGCUCUCAGCUUAACUCAAUAUCUGCGAUUGAAAAUUCGAAUUUACCGCCCGUCACAACAUCAUAAUCUCACGUGAAACCUCCAUUCGAUAGUGAAAGAGCCUCUCCCCGCGUGAUCCCUUACGUAAUCUCGAAAUCAAGUAGAUCACGUUAAGCGGCCGACCUGGUGGGACUCGAAUUACCGCCGUUUAUAAUGAAAAUCCAUUGGAAACCACUACGACUUUUCGUACUUUCCUUUCUUCAAAAACCAAAAGAAUAUCACCAGUGCGAAUUAACAACAUAGCAAAGUACUCUACAGUGAAUAAUUCAUUUCAAUCAACAGAUAGAUUUUCUGAUGCUAAAUAAAUGAGGGGGGGAGGAGGUGGAAAGGGAUGACGUACCUGAGGGACAUCAAGUCCCAUUUAUUGGAUUUACUGUUUUCUUUUCCUUUGAAAUGAUUAUUAAAUACAUUCCUUUCGUCAUAAAUUUUUCCUGUGAUGAAAAGUGCGGUAAUAAUGGUCUGUUCCUGUGAUGGAAGGUGCGGCAAGGUAAUUUUAUAAUUAAUUGUGCUGUAAUAAACAGCGAUACAUCGGAUCUCCAUUGAGUACAGCUGAAAAUGUCAGAUACUGGGAUGGCAGCAAUUACUGGGUCACUGACGGUUGUGAGAAUUCAGAGACCAGUGGCAAGUUCUGUUAAAUAGAACGCGCUGCCAGCGACAAAGGGGAAAUGUUGGAUAUUAUUUAGUGAGCGGUUGGGCGUUGAGACAGAAUAAUUCAGUGUCGGUAUUUGAAUUCUAUCGAGAGUGACGUUGCGCGGCUAAAGGGAACAUUUACGCGAUUCUCAUGUCGUACAACGUAAUUAUUCGUGGCGCAACAGGAGUGCGCCGCACGUCGGCUGAUCAUUUUUGGAGAAUGCGCAGCACUGGGGUCACUGGCCUGUUGAUAACCAAGGAUGAGGUCGUCAGAUUUGUCGCCGAGUGCAUGGAGAGAGUGGGCGCCGAUGGAAAUCACUCGAAAAUCGUUGCGCAUCACCUCAUGACGGCUGACUAUCGGGGCCACUUCAGUCAUGGCAUGAACAGAAUGCCGAUGUAUGUGAAAGAUAUCGAGAGCAAGCGAACCGAUCCACACGGCCAACCCAAGAUCGUCAAUGAUUUUCAGGCAACAGCCCUGGUGGAGGGGCAAAACGGUCUGGGCCAGGUGAUCGGAAAAUUCAGUAUGGAAUUGGCGAUAAAAAAGGCGAAAACCUUUGGAAUUGGAAUGGUAUCUGCACGUGGCUCAAACCACUACGGCAUCUGCGGUUAUUACAGCUUGAUGGCGGCUGAAGAAGGUUUAAUAGGGUUCACCUGUACGAAUACAAGUCCCCUGCUCGUCCCCACACGCUCGACCGAAGCAUCACUGGGUACCAACCCCCUGUCGCUGGCAAUGAGAAGCCACGAUGGAAAGGAUGAAUUCGCCCUGGACAUGGCGACAACCGCCGUAGCCCUUGGAAAAAUCGAGGUGGCAGUCACCAAGGGCCAAGAUAUACCCGAGGGUUGGGCUCUCGGGGAUGAUGGAAAACUAACGAAAAACCCCGUUGAAGCUUAUCAAACGGCGAAGCUAAUGCCUCUCGGAGGAACUGAGGAAAAUUCUGGCUACAAGGGAUACGGGUUGGCGACUAUGGUGGAGGUGCUCUGCGGCGUCCUCUCUGGCGGUCAAUUUGGAAAAAAUAUACGAAGGUGGAAGGAGGACGAUCGCAUCGCGAAUCUUGGCCACUGUUUCAUGGCGAUUGAUCCCAAGGUUUUUGCACCCGGGGCUGGGGAGAGAUUAGGACAGCUGUUGGGGGAGCUGCGGGGGCUGUCAACGGCUGGCGACGAGGGAGUUAUGGUCGCUGGGGAUCCCGAGAGGAAGGCUAUGGCGAGGGUGGAUCAGGAGGGGGGUAUUCGAUAUCACGAGAAUCAGAUCAAAAUUUGUGAUCAAGUGGCGGAGAACCUGCAGAUCAAGCCUCUGCAGGCGAAGACUAAUUCCCGAAAAAAAUUUAAUUAAUAAAUAAUAAUAAUGAAUUAUCACUGCUCGUUAAAUAAAUGGUUGUCUAAUCGCAUUUAUCCAUAUUUUUACCUCGAAAUAAUUUGUCACAAGAAUUUUGUAAUCUUUGAAUGAAUAAAAUGAAUUUUCAAUUGUUCA